CUCAACCCAACAUAACAGACAACGUAACGGUUUCUGUCAGUGCCAGAUUAAAGGGGAAGACACCCGCACAUUUAUUCCAGUAUUGCUUUUACUUACAAGCAUUACAUGUAAUUAAUUUGAAAGCCUCUCUUCCGCUCGUUGUUGGAGAUAGCUAGCCGCGCGAGGACAUCGUUAACGUUAGCUUCUCGGACGUUACUACCAGAGAGCGUUCAACCGAGCGUUGUAUCUCUGACCAGCUCUCGGUAGACAGACACCGUCACCAUGACGGAUCCGGCCGAGGAUGGGAAGCAGGACAUGAAACAGGCAAGCAAAGAGGCGAAAGAGAGCGAAAACGUGGCGGAAAAGUAUUCAGCAAUGACAGUAAGCAAGAUUAGCGAAAUGAACAUGGGAGAGCUGUCGUCCGCCUUCAGCGCGGUGCCGACUCACAAACCAGUUAAAAAGCAAAUCCAGUUUGUGGAGGACAAACAGGAGUUCAGCAGGUUCCCCACCAAGGCCGGCCGGCGCUCGCUGUCCCGCUCCAUCUCUCAGUCAUCCACAGACAGCUGCAGCUCCGCUGCGUCCUGUACGGACAGCUCUGACGACGAGACCUCCCCACGGGACAAAACUCCGGUGAACUCCAAGGGCAGCAGCGACUUCUGUGUCAAGAGCAUCAAACAGGCUGAAUUUGGAAGACGUGAGAUUGAGAUCGCAGAACAAGAUAUGUCCGCGCUGAUCUCGCUCAGGAAGAGAGCCCAGAGUGAGAAACCAUUGGCAGGGGCCAACAUUGUGGGCUGCACUCACAUCACGGCCCAGACUGCAGUGCUGAUCGAGACUCUGGUGGCUCUCGGGGCUCAGUGCCGCUGGACUGCAUGUAACAUUUACUCUACUCAGAAUGCAGUGGCUGCUGCUCUGUCAGAGACGGGCGUGGCGGUGUUUGCCUGGAAAGGGGAGUCUGAAGAUGACUUCUGGUGGUGUAUCAACCGCUGUGUGAACACUGAGGGUUGGCAGCCCAACAUGAUCCUUGACGAUGGAGGAGACUUGACUCACUGGAUGUACAAAAAAUACCCCAAUGUAUUCAAGAAGAUCAGGGGCAUCGUAGAGGAGAGUGUCACUGGGGUUCACAGGUUGUAUCAGCUGUCUAAAGCUGGAAAACUGUGUGUACCGGCGAUGAAUGUAAAUGACUCUGUGACGAAGCAGAAGUUUGACAACCUCUACUGCUGCAGAGAAUCUAUCCUGGACGGCUUGAAGAGAACCACAGAUGUCAUGUUUGGAGGCAAACAGGUGGUCGUGUGUGGGUACGGUGAGGUUGGAAAAGGCUGUUGUGCUGCUCUGAAAGCUCUGGGAUCCGUUGUCUCCAUUACAGAGAUUGAUCCCAUCUGUGCCCUGCAGGCAUGCAUGGACGGAUUCAGGGUAGUCAAGCUGAAUGAGGUCAUUCGCCAGGUUGACGUCAUCGUCACAUGCACUGGGAACAAGAAUGUGGUAACCAGAGACCAGCUGGACCGCAUGAAAAAUGGCGCUAUUGUCUGCAACAUGGGCCACUCCAAUACUGAGAUUGAUGUGGCAAGUCUUAGGACCCCAGAACUGACCUGGGAGAGAGUGCGCUCUCAGGUGGAUCACGUCAUUUGGCCUGAUGGCAAGAGGGUCAUCCUUCUGGCAGAGGGACGUCUCCUUAACCUGAGCUGCUCCACUGUUCCUACAUUUGUCUUGUCCAUCACAGCCACCACUCAGGCCCUGGCCCUUAUCGAGUUGUACAACGCUCCAGAGGGACGAUACAAGCAGGAUGUUUACUUGCUCCCCAAGAAAAUGGAUGAAUAUGUCGCCAGCCUGCAUCUGACCACUUUUGAUGCCCACCUCACAGAGCUUUCCGAUGAGCAGGCAAAAUACCUCGGCCUGAAUAAGAACGGCCCUUUUAAACCCAACUACUACAGGUAUUAGUCUGCAAGGGAACCACAGCUCGGCACACCUAAAUAUGAAUGCUACCAUCACCGAUCCCUAAGACAAGAGACAGAUUUAUGUUUUGAGUUUUUUAUACUCUUCACAGGAUUCACAGCUUAUAUCUAGUUGUAUUUUACUGCCUAAAGCAAGUUUAGCUUUACGUGCUGCUUCCUUCAGAACUGCACAUGGCACCCAGCUGGCUACGAGAGCAGCGUAUCCACAGCACUUAUAUCUGCUGUUUUUAUUCUUUUAAAUUUUUAAAUUAUUAUUGUGAUCUGUUUCCAAAAUCUUCUGGCCCCUAGGUUAUUUUAGAGUUCUGAUAUAUAUUGAAUAAUAUAUUAAUAUAUUGUGCCAAAUAGCUGUGACAGAGAAGGGUUAAAGUUGAUGUGACAUGCUAAUGGUUAGUUGUGUAAACUGUUAAAACCUACUCGAGUGAUUAUUUUGAUAUAAACAGAUAAAAUUCCUCUACUUGAAAUUCCAAACCCAUAAAACUAAAACUCACUGAGUUAUUUUAGCCGCUGUUGGCUCCUUGUUUUGUCUCUCUCAUCAACCUUUUGCGUGGAACCGUUGGAAACCAAGAACAAAGUCAAGCUCCAACUGUAUCUCUCAGGAGUAGGUGAACAAAAUUAACUUUUAUUUGUCACACGACAAGAAACUUGACUACAAUUCGGGGUUAAUGUGUGUCUGCUGAAGUAGGCUAUAAUUUGCUGACAAACGAGCCAGAACAUAACUUGAUGAUCUGAUUGUAAAUCAGGGCUGUGUUUGUGUGAGUUUGUUUCGGUCCCUCAGUGGUCAAAAAUCACUUCAUGCAGCGCGAAAGCAACGUGUCCACUUACUUCAUACAUUCCAUCCGCAACAUAGAGAAGAAAUGUCCUGUUCUAUAGUGUCGUCCACAUUACUGCGAACAAUCAACACAUCUGGGUGAAAAAGGAAAGUCAGUACAUUUGACUACAGCAAACGUAAAAAGAGAACUUGACAUUUAUUUUCUUGUAAAUAUGUGUCCAUUUAUGAGGUUUUGGUGUCUGGUUAGAAUAGUAUCUGCAUCUCAGGGCAUCCAAAUAUCUCCAAUUAUUUGUAUAUAUAUUUGUACCUGAACUUAGUGUCCAUGUCUAGACAAUAACAUGAAAUUAUUUUGUAAAAUAGAGUUAGAGCUGUUAAUAGUCUCAACUAUAUGUCACCUGUCCAGAGUUAGUUGACUUUUGCAGCUAUUUAUAUUCUGUGUUGUUGAAGAUUUUAACAACAAAAACGUCAACGUAAAUCCUAAAACGCUCUGGACCCAGACAUGGACAAGCACUGCUGUCAGUCCAUUGGCCUUGGCGCGUAUGUUAGAUAGAUAGAUAGAUAUAUACUUUAUUAAUCCCCAAGGGGAAAUUUGUCGUGACAGUAGCAGCAACACACAAGAAUAAAAAACAAAACACAAAAUAUAAGAAACAGGGAUGAAAGAUAUAGAAGUAUACAAGUAAAAUAAAGUAAAAUACAAAACAAAAUAUAUAUGUAAAUAUACAACACACAUGCAUACACAACAACACUGACAAAUCAAAUACAAAAAUAUUAAAUAUAGACAGAGUGCAAAAAGCAAAGUGUGUGUAUGAGUGCAGAGCAAAUGAAAUGAAAUGUGUGUGUAUGUGUGUAGUGCAAACAAAUGAGAUGUGUGAAGUGCAGAUCAACAUAGUGUAAGUAUUCAGUUAUUGCACUAUGAUCUGGCAAGAGGUGAUCUGUUGUAGCUGUACCUUCUGUGUUAUCUUGCAGUAUUGCACCAUUAUUACAGCUUUUCUAAUAUGACAAUAGUUACUUUAGUUUCGUGAUGCUUUUCAUUGUUCAAAAGGCUAAGCACAGUUGUUGUGAGAUUGGUUAAAUAGACAAACUCAUUAUGCCACUUUUACUUCUCUAUAUUUACUUUUAAUAUGUUUAUGUAUCUGUGGCCACAUUUCUUGACUUGAGAUUUAUUUUAGUAAUUCAAACUAUAUAUUGUGCAGGUAGUAGUUCUCUCAUGCUGAAUGUAUAGCUUUUCAACACCUUUUCACUUGCUGCAUAUCCUGCUGGUGGUCAGUGGGCCAAUCUUACACCUGUUGACGGUCCCUGCCGAGGGUUCGGCACCUUGUUACCUUUUUGAGGUUUUGUUCCACAUGUGUUUACUCAGUAUCCUGUUCCUGUUCAUCAAACCUUACCCAAAGAGUUACAGUUAAUUCCUGUAUUUAAUUUCUGUAAAUUUGAUCUAAUUAAAUUGUGUCACUUA